GCUUCAGGGAAAUCCACACGCGUUCAGUGUGUGUGUUCAGAUCAGACCGGAAAUCCCUGACACAGGACGAGCUGAGAGACAAGUCGCCAUGAGCUUCUGCGAUGUUUUUCAGAUGUUAAAAUAGAAAGUAACUCGCAUGAUGUGAUGACACUCUUAUGAUUCCAAUCUAGAUGUUACAAUGGAUACUUCACUUCAUUUACUCUUAAUCGUGAUGUAUUUGCAGUAUGCAGUAGGUCCGUCCAGCAGCUGUGUCAAAAUAUUUCCAGACUCUGAUCAGCCGAUUGCAGCUGAAGUUGGAAAAGAGUUCAGUGCAACCUGUCACCUGCUCGAGGGGUCCCGCUACACCACCGACGACAUCGAAUGGUUGUUCGAAAAUAAAAGUGUUCCAAAGCAGAAUUAUGUCAAAAUCAAUGAAACAGCUGUCAGUGUUACAGUUAACAUCAGCAGUAACAUGAACGGCUGGUUGAAGUGCAGAGCCGCUAAGGAGUCCUUGUCAUACGAACCGUCAUGUCUCUACGGAAUCUCCCUUAUUACGGGAUACCCACCGUUGGUGCCAAAGAAUCUUACGUGCAUUGCUGUGCAAGAAGACAAGAAUAUUUCCCCUAAAUUAAAAUGUUCUUGGGAUCCAGGAACGCGAGACCCACUGCUCGACACCACGUACACUCUUUAUGCCCAACUGUGUUCUGAGUCUGAAAAGCAUUUAACAGUAAUUGAGUCAUUUAGCACCAUCUCUAAAGAUCGUCUUGCAAGCAGUUGUACGGUCGACCUGCGAACGUAUCCCUAUCAUAUGGAUUUGAGAGUGUGGGUGGAAGUGAAUAACAUGCUGGGCUCAGAGCACUCAGACAAGCUCCUGAGAGAUUCCUCAUAUUUUGCGAAACCAAGCCCACCGUUUGAUGUACGAGUUCUCAGUGAGAUUAAUUUCUCCACGUCUCUGAUGGUUACUUGGAAACCUCCCCUUGACCCAAAUGUUAUGGAACUCAGUUGCAUCAUCAGAUACUGCCAAGCAGGCUUCAGCGUUUGGACCGAGGUGCCUGAGGACUUGAUGCAUUCCCACACAGAGUCAUUCAGACUGCAGUCCCUGCAUCCGUACACUGAUUAUGUGGUGCAGAUGCAAUGCAUUCACAUAAAGCAUGAAAGCUACUGGAGUGACUGGAGCGCCAAUGCUACAGAACGCACCGCAGAAGCCAAACCUGCAAGCAGUCCAGAUCUGUGGAGAAUCAUUCAGCUCACUACUCAUAAUAGAAACAUCACUUUAAUAUGGACGGCUCCUGUGCAAGCUAAUGGUAAAAUACUGCGCUAUGAUCUAGAAAUCAGUCAAGACCAUGAGAUAUUUGAAAGACGAGUUGUUCGAUUAAAUGAACUGGAACACAUCAGAUCACAUCAGACGUAUUCCAUGGAUCUGCCACCAGGAAAAGUGGCCACUAUUGAAAUAACGGCAACAAAUUCAGCCGGAGUGUCACCGAAAGCAACUUUAUUCAUUCCCAGAACAGAUAAAGAGCUUCCUGGUGUGCAGGACGUCAGUUGGUCGGUGAAUGAUGGACAGCUGCAGGUGAAGUGGCUGCCCCCUCCUCCCGGCGGCCCGCUGGUCUCUCAAUAUCUGCUGGAGUGGAUGAAAAUCCCACUGAGAGAGUUUCAGUCAGAUACACACUGGCAGAGAGUUUCUCCACACGUCAACAGGACCACACUGACCGGUGAUUUCAAGCCAUUCCAGCGGUACAACAUAUCAGUGUUUCCAAUUUACUCGUAUCGUUUUCGUCACUCCAACACGACACACAGAUACAUAGAAGCAGGACGACCAGUUACCACAGCAGCCUACAUUCAACAAGGGUCGCCACUAGAAGGCCCUACUUCAAAAGUUACAAAAUCCAAGAAAACCAGUGCCGAGUUGACAUGGGAGGAAAUUCCACUGGACAGUCAGCGAGGAUUUAUCACCGGCUACACCAUAUUCUAUAAGACAGGGAACAUUGAGAAAUUUUUGCCGGUAAAAGCUCAUCUCCGUUCAUCGGUGCUGACUGAUCUGACCAGUGAAAGUGAAUAUGUGGUUCACGUCAUGGUGUCAACAGUUGCAGGCUCCAAAAAUGGAUCAGAUUUCAAUUUCAAAACGGCAAAGUAUGGCAUUGGUGUCUUGUCUGUAGGUGAUGGAGAGGUGGAGCUGAUCGUGGUGGUGGUGUGCUUCAGCUUCCUGUUCUUCGCCGUCUUCAUCAUCAUGUUCUGCCUUCGGAAAAGAGAAGUGAUUAAGGAGCUUUUGUGGCCGCAUGUCCCGGACCCCAAUGACAGCUCUAUUGCCCACUGGUCACCCGAUUUCUCUGUAAAGACCGAUUUACCCAAAGAAGACGUUAGCGUGGUGGAAGUAGAUGUGUUUGACAGGAAGUCUUUGUUUGAGGAAGACAAAGCUGUGCUGCCACUCAAGAAGGACAAAUAUUUGUCUGAGGAGCACAGCAGCGGUAUCGGCGGCUCGUCCUGCAUGUCGUCACCCCGCCACAGUGUGUCCGACAGUGACGAGGGAGACUCGGGGCAGACCACGGCCAGCAUCGUGCAGUACUCGGCCGUGGUGGCAAGUGGCUACAAGGGCCAGACCCCCAACCAUCAGACGCCUGUGUUUGCACGCUCCGAGUCCACCCAGCCCCUCCUAGAUUGUGAGGAACAUACGGAACAUCUGCAAGAGGGCAACGGCCAGUCUAGAAACUCUUACUUCAGGCGAGGCAGAGGACUCGAGCUUGCCGAGUGCGAGGAACCGAACGGGAGCUCUCUGACUUUCUGUCCAGCGGAGGAGCAGAUGUCUCCUAUCGUAGAGGAUCUACCCACCUCCACAUCAUGUUACAUGCCACAGCAGAGUGGCUAUAGACCUCAAUAAAGAGAAACAUUCGUACAGACAGGCUCAUCUCAGUUUUGAGAACUUAAGCUAUCAGUCAGUAUAAAAAAGAACAAUUAAUGUCACGUUCAUUAAUGUCACGUUCAUUGCAGGGUUCCCACGGAUAUGGAAAACCUGAAAAUAUCAGGUCGUUUUAAAAUUGUGUAAAAUAUUUCAUCUGCAAGAUAUUGCUCUUGUGUGGAGUAAAACUUGUUCGCAAGCCAUAGUAAUGUUGGAUGUUGUGAGAAAAUCCAAGUCGGUUCUUUUUGGUGAAUCAGUUCACAGAACUGUCUGAAUGAUUCAUUAGUGAAUCGGUCAAUCAAAAUGAUUUAUAAAACUCCCAAGUAAUCACAAAUGACUAGAAUCAUGGAACCGUUGUUGAAAUUCACUGGUCAAAAAGUGUGGGAACCCUGUCAUCUGGCUGUCCUGAACUUUUCAUUUUACUUAUGAAUUGCAUUGCAAGUUUACACCGAGAACGUGUGGUGCAUCGCAAACGCAACUAAUCUAGAUCACUCCCAUUACAAUCAAUAAAGCUGUCUACCCUGGAAGAGUCCAAUGCGGUGCGAUGCCAGGCUUCUAUUGAUGCGGUGCACAGCUACUUCAACCACUUUAUUUUCUUCGCCAGACUGAAAAUUAUUUUAAGUCAUUUCUAACCACAUGUAUAUGCAUUUGUAGCAUUACAAACAUUGAAUAAUUGUUAUUGCUAUUCUAAAAUAACCCAUGCAGAAUCAGUUAUACCAAGUACUUUCAUUGUAAAUAAAGUAGGAUUUAAUUUUUAACCGAUUUUGCAGUUGCUGGAGUGUCACCUCAAGCUUACAGAGGUUCGUGUUUAGUGAGCAUUGUAGAGGUGACGUGCAGUUUUAACACUUCCAGUGGAGACAACUUCAAGCUGUAGCAGUGUGACACAAAGUUGGUUGUGUGCGGUAUUCACAUGAUGUACGUUCAGAACAUAAUUAACUAUUUACACCAAAGACAUUGACUUCUUAAAAGGUGGUAUGAAAUCAGUGGACCAGUGGCUGAAUGUAUCGUCCUUAAUAUCUUGCCUUUGAAAGCUGUAGUACCAUACAUGCACGACUCUUUAAAAAAUGUUAAAGAAUUUAAUAUUGAAUUGUGAAUUUCACCACAUUAUGCCUAAUUAUAAAGAUUUGACAUAUGCCAUUACUCAUAACAAUAUUUCAACUCUAUUUUAAGUGUAAAGUUUUUUUAUUUUAAUUGUUAAUUUUUGGAUGGUUAGACAUUUACAGAAACAAAACAGUAAAAAAAAUACGUAUUUGAUGGAUUAGAGCUGAACGAAUGUAAUUUACCUUAUAGUUACUCUGAGAUAACCAAAAUACUUUCGCUGCACAUUUUUGAGUUGCUUACUUAUUAAUGAUGGUAUUAUGAAUAUUCAUAUUUUUAACAACAGAUUGUCAUUUCAAGUUUUCAGUUUACAUUGACAACACUCAUGUUUAUUGUGAUUCCCCCUCCCUCUGGGAUAAAACUAACACUACACUGAAUUAUCAACUAAGAUAUGCAUAUCUUUUUCAUUGCAUGCCUUUUCACAUGUAUCCAGUCUUUUUAUAUCACAGAUACUGGGUUAAAUAAAGACAAUGCAAAUA